AAGGAAGAAAGGGAAGGGGGCAGCCUGGCACUCCGAGCCGGAGGCGGCACCGGGCAGCGGCACGGAGCGAGCCCGGGCGGAGCGCGGCACCCAGCGGCCGCUGAGGCUGAGGCUGGGCCGGCGGCUGUAGGAGCGGGGCCGGGGGGAGCCGCUCCGUGCCCGGCUGCACGCCGCCCGUGACCUUCCCGGGGCUGCUCAGGCCUCUCCCCGCGGAGAUCGUGCAGCAGGCCCCGGGGAGAGAAGAGGAGAGGAGGCCGGGCCGGAAUCCCCCGCCGCCCUCGGGUCUUGCCGGCCGCCGGCGGGGCCUGUGCGGGGAGAGGGGCGGGGGACGGCGAGCGGGACGUCCGGGCGGCACCUCCGGACAGUGGGGAGGCCCUGAAGAGAGGAGGGGGAGGAGGAGGAGGCAGCCCGAGGCGGCGCAUCCCGGGAGGAGCGAGGAGCUCCCCGCCGCCCUCCUCCUCCCCGCGCAUCCCGCGGAGAGCGGGGACCGCCGGCUGGCACCUCCCGGCUGCGGGACCUGAGCUGGAGCUGCGCGCCGGGAGCGGAGGAGCAGGGGGAAGGAGCAGGGGGAAGGGGCGCCGAGCGUCCCGCCGCCGCCCGGGGGAGGUGUCCUGUAUCAGCCCCUGAUCAGCAAGGCUGCAAGUCAUGUAGAAGCCGCAGGAUCAGCAGAGUCUCUGAUGGAGAAUUGGAUUGAAAGCUGUGUCGCUGCAGAGAUUUGAUGAUAAUCUGUUUGAUAUGAUUGUAGUCACUUGCAUUCAUGGAAAAAAUAAUUUGAGGCCGCUUAUGGAUUUAGUCAUUCUUGCUGUAUGCAUUUCACCUCUGACGUCACCUGUCACCUUCAGUUGUUUAGAUGGAGCUAGGGAGUAAUAUGUGGGAGGCUGUGGAAUAUUUGCUUCCAACAUAGGAACAGCACUGGGUUGGGAAUCUGAAACUCCUGAGAGAAUGCUGGGAAUCUGCAGAGGGAGAAGGAAAUUCCUGGCUGCUUCUCUGACCGUCCUCUUCGUGCCAGCCAUAACGUGGAUUUAUCUGUUUGCUGGGAGUUUUGAAGAUGGGAAGCCAGUGUCGCUGUCUCCACUUGAAUCCCAGCCCCACAGCCCUCGUUACACGGCCUCCAGUCAGCGGGACCGUGAGAGCCUGGAGGUCCGCAUGCGGGAGGUGGAGGAGGAGAACCGCGUGCUCCGCAAGCAGCUCAGCCUGGCACAGGGCCGCAGCCCUUCGCACCACCGCGGCAACCACUCCAAAACCUACUCCAUGGAAGAAGGGACGGGCGACAGCGAGAGCCUGCGAGCCGGCAUUGUGGCCGGGAACAGCUCUGAGUGUGGGCAGCAGCCAGCGGUGGAAAAAUGUGAGACCAUUCACGUCGCCAUUGUUUGUGCAGGGUAUAAUGCCAGUCGGGAUGUUGUCACACUCGUCAAGUCUGUCUUAUUUCACAGGCGAAACCCACUCCACUUCCACCUCAUCGCAGAUGCAAUUGCCAAACAGAUCCUCGCGACUCUGUUCCAGACUUGGAUGGUCCCUGCUGUGCGCAUAGACUUCUAUGAUGCAGAUGAACUCAAGUCGGAAGUAUCUUGGAUCCCCAACAAACACUACUCUGGGAUUUACGGGCUGAUGAAGUUGGUUCUUACUAAGACUCUACCUUCCAAUCUUGAGCGAGUCAUUGUCCUCGACACAGACAUAACUUUUGCCACUGACAUUGCUGAGCUCUGGGCCGUCUUUCACAAGUUCAAAGGGCAGCAGGUUCUUGGCUUGGUGGAGAACCAAAGUGACUGGUAUUUGGGCAACCUUUGGAAGAACCAUCGACCCUGGCCAGCGCUUGGGAGGGGCUACAACACAGGGGUUAUCUUGCUCCUUCUGGAUAAGUUACGGAAGAUGAAAUGGGAGCAGAUGUGGAGACUCACAGCCGAGAGGGAGUUAAUGAGCAUGCUGUCCACUUCGCUGGCUGACCAGGAUAUCUUCAAUGCAGUCAUCAAACAAAACCCCUUCCUUGUCUACCAGCUUCCAUGUUUCUGGAAUGUGCAGCUGUCUGAUCACACCCGUUCUGAGCAGUGCUACAGAGAUGUGUCUGACCUGAAGGUGAUUCACUGGAACUCCCCAAAGAAGCUACGAGUGAAAAACAAGCACGUGGAGUUUUUCCGCAACCUCUACCUGACAUUCCUGGAAUACGAUGGGAACUUGCUGAGACGGGAACUCUUUGGCUGCCCCAGUGAGGCAGAUGUUAACAGUGAAAACCUCCAGAAACAGUUGUCUGAGCUGGACGAGGAUGACUUGUGCUAUGAAUUUCGUCGAGAACGUUUCACUGUCCAUCGCACUCAUUUGUAUUUUUUACAUUAUGAAUACGAGCCUGCUUCAGACAAUACUGAUGUCACACUGGUGGCUCAGCUUUCAAUGGACAGGCUCCAGAUGCUUGAAGCCAUCUGCAAACACUGGGAAGGUCCAAUCAGCCUGGCACUCUAUCUUUCUGAUGCAGAAGCCCAGCAAUUUCUGCGUUAUGCCCAGGGCUCAGAAGUACUCAUGAGCCGUCACAACGUCGGCUACCAUAUUGUGUACAAGGAGGGCCAGUUCUACCCAGUGAAUCUUCUAAGGAAUGUGGCCAUGAAGCAUAUCAGCACACCGUACAUGUUUCUGUCUGACAUUGACUUCUUGCCCAUGUAUGGACUCUAUGAGUACCUCAGGAAGUCCGUCACCCAGCUAGACCUGGCUAACACCAAGAAAGCUCUAAUCGUACCCGCUUUUGAGACCCUACGCUACCGCCUUUCCUUCCCCAAGUCAAAAGCUGAGCUGCUAUCUAUGUUGGACAUGGGAACUCUCUUCACAUUCAGGUAUCACGUCUGGACAAAAGGGCAUGCGCCAACCAACUUUGCCAAAUGGCGAACAGCCACCACCCCCUACCGUGUGGAGUGGGAAGCAGACUUCGAGCCAUACGUUGUUGUGAGGAAGGACUGCCCAGAGUAUGACAGACGGUUUGUUGGAUUUGGCUGGAACAAAGUAGCUCACAUCAUGGAGCUGGAUGCACAGGAGUACGAGUUCACAGUGCUGCCCAAUGCCUACAUGAUCCACAUGCCGCACGCCCCCAGCUUCGACAUCACCAAGUUCCGCUCCAACAAGCAAUACCGCAUCUGUCUCAAGACCCUGAAGGAGGAGUUCCAGCAGGACAUGUCACGUCACUACGGCUUCGCAGCUCUCAAAUAUCUCACGGCAGAGAACAACAGCUAGCACAACAGAGCCCGUUUGCGGGAAAGAGGGACACCAGAGGGAGGAGCCACUCAACGUUUGGGGCCGUCUUCAAACUUCAAACUGAGAAAUACUUUCUGUUUUUAUACCAUACCUGGCAGUUCUAACAGUAGGAAUUUGAAGUGACAUGUCUCCAGACUAUGGUCAUUAGCCCCUUCCUCAACGAUCCCAGGCCUUUCAGCUUUAGCUUUUGUGAGGUGUCAACGAGAGGGGCUGGCCACUCACCCGCCAUACCACAGGAGAUGGAAAUGAGACACGAGCCAGGAAUGCACUCUGUUCUCUUAACUGCAGAGCAAAGACAGACCUUCAGAAUAUAGGAUUUCGUGUUGCUAUUUAAUAAUUAGACAUACUUUUUAACUCUAAAGGAAGAUCUUCGGGUCACUGUCCUGUGAAUUUCAAAUCUGCACUACUCUGAAAGGGAACUUUCACCUGUGAACAUUCACAGUGGCCCUCUUAACAUGGAUGACCUUGUUAAUGCAGGAUGAGCCAAAGGUCUGAAUUAGCCUUGAAAAUGAAGGGGACAUUUAUGUAAUACUGCACUCCAGAGAAGGUGUGUUACUGGUUUAGAUGUGUACAUGGUAUUGGUUGGUCUUUUAUUCUCAAAUUAGUUACGUUUUAUCAGGAAAAUCCCCUAUUCCCUGCCCUGCCAUUCCCCAGUCCCAAAAGCUGUUACUUUCCUUGUCAAGGAAAUGUUUCCCUUGUGUUUUUUUGCCAUAUUCAGUUCUAAUGGUCUAGUAAAGAAGAUCAGAAGCUCUGCUAGAAAGUGAACAAAACCUGUCAGUGUAAGGUCUGCUUUCACCAGAGCAACUUGUUCAUGCGUGUCUCAUAAAAUAAAGGGCCUGGUUGUAACUCUUUAUCUUUUUUAGGCAAGAAUUGGAUUUUGCCUACAAGGCAUUUUGUGCGGGGGGAUAUUGAUUCGUAGACUCAUUUCAGUGCAUGCCCAUCUGUGAAGGCGUCGGGCAUUGGGCUUUAAGUGGACUUCUUUGCUGAACAGGCAAUAUAAGCAUGGCAACUUAUAGCCUGAGUGCUCUCCUGCUGCCUGCUACAAGGUCUGAGAACUACUUCGUUAAAGGAGUAUAUAAAUAAAAGGAACAGAACUGUUAGGAAUAAAUUCCCCAUUCGAGGGAGAAAAGAAUGUGUUGGGAAUCUGAGUGUGAGUGUUUGCUUAAACGUGGACUGGUCAAGUUCACAACUUCAAUACACACAGGAAUAUUCUGGAGGGUGGAAAGGAAACCUAACAAGCAAAACACAGAAAACAAGACACUGGACUUUUUACCGUUUUCUUUAUUCUUCAGUAUUAAUGUUGUGUUUACAUUGGAUAAGGAGAUGAGGUUUAAUGCACUACCCUUUGCAGGGCUAUUUGUAAUUUCUUUUGCAAUGUUAAUAGAGAAAGCAGAAAUGACUCAGUGAGAAAUGUGUCUCUCUCCCUUCCCCAGAUCCCUGUACAACCACAUGUACCAAUACCACUGCCUGAGCUGGGAAAAUGGAUCCACAGUGCGUCAUGUUCCAUUUUGUUUUUCAGCCACUGCACCUUCUACUUUCCUCCCCGCUUCAUCCCUCUAGAGCUUGGUUUUAUUUCUAACCUGACAUUUCGUGAGAGCUUUCUGUUACGGUGGAAACCAUGCAGUUAAACCAGACAUUUAAACUGCAAAUAUCAGUUCAUCAUGCUGUGUAUAUAUAAGAAAAGCCAAAAAAGGCAACAUUUUUGACAAGAAAUAAAAAGGGGUGGGAGGCUAUGUGUAAUUACUACUUUUUCCCCUGAGAGUGUUGACUGCAUAAGAAUACAUCACUGCAUAAUUUUCCAAAGUGCUUUUCUUUGGUUCUUAAUGGCUUUAUGUAAAGAUUUACACAUAAGCGUGUGAAGAGCUGGGAAGAAAUGAAAUGAGUGCUUAGAUAGUACUGGCUAAGAUAUAUUUAUAAAAAAAAAAAAAAUCUUAACUCCCCAAGUCCUGUAUUAUUCACCAUUGACAGUCCAGGUCAUUGUGUAUUGAGAAUUAGAAGAACCCUGCAGCACAGUCCUGUUGAUUAUCUAGUGUACAGAAAAAUAUGAAAAGCUGAUCCUAAGAGAGGCUGAACACUUGUGCCUACACAGAAUCUACUGUCAGAUUUUCAGUGUGGCCACCAUUAUGUUUCAUAUAUAUAAAAAAUUUAAUUUGAGGAUGUACAUUUCUCCUUGACUUAACAGUGUUGCCCAAGGGUGGACUAGAUUGCCCUACAACAACAUAACUUGUAGCAUGGACCUGUACAUAUUUUGGGUGUACCACUAUCGAUGCAAACAUUAUUUUCUCCUUGGUCAUGAGAAGCAGACUGGGGGGCAGGGUGGUAGUUUACUAGUUGCCUAUCUGUGCAAUCGUGAGACUUCCUGGAUAGACUAAGGUGUGUGGGCUGGUGUAACCAGCUCUGAGAUUGGCAGUAGAUUCAGAGAGUCUUCUUUUUUUCCUUAUAGACCUGGUUCUGACUUGUGUCUGUCAUGUUAUGUUUGUCUGUGUGCUUCCUAAUUUGAGAGAUGUGGGGCUUGUUUAUUUUUGAACAUAUUUCAGCCAGUUAUUUGGUAGCAAAUUAGGCUUGCUUACCUGUCUUUUAACUGCCAGGGCUCCUCAAACACCAUGAGAAAAACACCACCGGCAACAAAAGUUCCCAACUCAGUUACAGUGCUGACCGUCCACAAGUCCUCUGCUGUAAUAGGUGUUUGCUAGCAACUUUGCUACUUAAUUCUCAGAUUUCUCCCAGAUUCAAGAAAUGUCAGAUGAACUUAAUAACUUAAUGCCUUUGAUUUAUUGAUUUGUUCCACCCACUUCUCUCUUGAGUCUUCAGUCCAUGACCUCUCCUUAUCUUUGUUAUUUGAAAAGUGUGAGUCUGUUGUUUAGAUACCACUCAGACACCAUCUCUAGUGAAGACUGAUGCAAAUAAAUCAUUUAGAGUCUU